AGGUUAAGAUGGUGAAGCAGAUGCCGAAGGUGGCGCAGAUGGACCAGCCGUCGAUCGCCAUCAUCACCGCCCUCUACCCGGAGAAGCUCGCAGUCGACACAAUGAUAGACAACACGCAGACGUUCGUACGCUACAAGACGGAGGGAGAGUCGAACGUCUACACGCUGGGAGAUAUCGGCGAGCACCGCGUCGUAUCGACGAAGCUGCCGGCCGUCGGUCACACGCGGUCAGCGAUGAUCGCCGGCGGCAACACGACAACACGUCUGCUAGGAACCUUCCAGAAGAUCCAGUACGUCUUCCUGGUCGGCGUGGGAGGCGGCGUGCCGCACUACACGGACCACAAGAAGCACGUGCGGCUAGGGGACGUCGUCGUGUCGAGUCCCGAGGGUCCGAACACGCCCAUGUACAUCUACUGUGAUGAGAAGCGGGAGAACAAGGACACGGGCAACGUGGAGUGGGACACGAAGACCUGGUGUCCGUCUGACCUCAUCAUACAGACCAUCGCUCAAUCGCUCAUCGACAAACACGCCGCCACACCCGAGGAGGCCCCCUGGUUAGUGAACGGUGACGCCGCUCUGCUCCCUAUAGUGCGGCCCGAUACGUUUCUAGAGGCAUCGGGAGCGAUGAUGAUGAUUGAUGACGACGACGACAACAUAAAGGGUGCGAUGCGAUCUGGGAUGCUGUACGCGCUGGAUAGGUGUUGUGCCGUGCUCGCCAUCACGCCCGCUGACGUAACGCGUUGGAAUCAAAGCACUUAG